AUGAAUAACUACUUGAGUUUUCUCGUACUUGGACUAAUUGUUUUAUCAAGCGCAAUAGAUACACCAGAAUUAUUAACUAAAAAAAUUCAAGAGGAAUAUGAUUUUAUAAUUGUUGGCGCUGGGUCCGCUGGGUCAGCAUUAGUAAAUCGACUUUCAGAAAUAAAAAAAUGGAAAAUUUUACUUUUAGAAGCUGGUGGUGAACCAGGUUUAACCACCGAUGUACCAUUAUUAGCGGCCCUUGCCCUUUUUAGCGAUCAAAAUUGGGGUUAUAACACCGAAAAAGGAGAAAAUUUUGCUUUAGGUCUUCGAAAUCAGCAAGUACACUGGCCUAGGGGCAAAGGUCUGGGUGGGUCAUCUCUUUUAAAUUAUAUGUGUUUUUCAAGAGGUGCUCCUCAAGAUUACGAUAAUUGGGCAUCUUUAGGAAAUCCUGGUUGGUCAUACGAAGACGUUCUUCCUCAUUUAAAAAAUCUCGAAAAUUGUAAAAUAAAACAUCAAGAUUACGAUUAUAGAGGACACAACGGAGAACUUCACGUUGAAGAUUCUUACGGACGAAGCAAAGCUGCCGAUAUAUUUAUAGAAGCCGCAAAAUCACUGGGUUAUAAAUACUUAGAUUUUAAUGGAAAAGAACAUGUUGGGGUUUCUUACAUGCAAUCAACCACAAUUAAUGGUUUAAGAUGUUCUGGAGAACGUUGUUUUUUAAGAAAAUGUAAAGAAAGAAAUAAUUUAACAAUUAGAAUAAACAGUCAUGUUACUAAAGUUUUAAUUGGUAAAGCUGGACGUGCUGAGGGAAUUGAAUUCGUUAAAAACGAUAAAAAAUAUAAAGCUUAUGCUAGAAAAGAAAUUAUUUUAAGCAGCGGAUCUAUUAACUCAGCUCAAACUUUAAUGUUAUCAGGAAUAGGGCCAAAAAAACAAUUAGAAAACCUUAACAUCAAAGUUAUUCAUGAUCUUCCCGUAGGGCAAAAAAUUUAUGACCAUCAAUCAUUUUUUGGUUUAGGGUUCUACAGUGAAAGCCCAUUAAAUUUAGAUGCAAAAGUUAUGUUUGAUGAUAAAAAUUAUGUUAAUUUAUACAAAAACGGCGAAAGUCCUCUUCAUAACUUAGGAGGAAUAGAAGCCGUUGUUUUCGCAAAUACUGAAUUGGCAGAAACGAAAAACCUUUCUGAUAUAGAAAUUAUUUAUUGGUCAACGCAUGUUGGAUCCUACGAAGAUUUUGGUUUAGGUCGUUCACUUGGUCUUUCAGAAAAAAUAUACGACAAAAUAUUCCGCCCUUAUCGUGACCAACACAUUUUUAGUACUUUAAUUCUUCUUCUUCAUCCAGAAUCUUAUGGCCGAAUGGAAUUAAAAUCAUCAAAUCCAUUUGAACAUCCAAAACUUUACGCCGGAUAUUUUUCCGAUCCUAACAACAAAGACAUAAAAGUUUUAACAGCAGGAAUUCGAGAAACAUUAAAAAUAUUUUCGGCGGAACCUUUCCAAAAACACGGAGUUAAACCAAUUGAGAUCCCAAUUCCUGGAUGUGAACAAUUUAAAUUCGGUUCUGAUGAAUAUUGGGAAUGUGCUAUAAGACAUUUAUCUACGACGACUUACCAUCAAACGACUACAUGCAAAAUGGGACCUAAAAAUGAUCCUGAAGCAGUUGUUGAUCAUAGAUUAAGAGUUUAUGGUGUUGAUGGAUUAAGAGUUGCCGAUGCAAGUGUUAUCCCUGUUCAAAUAACCGGUCAUACGAAUGUUCCUGCUUAUGUAGUGGGCGAAAAAGCUGCCUCUAUACUUAUAGAAGAAUAUUCUUUAAGAAACAAUCAAAAAGAGGAAUUGUAAAAUUUUGUAAAUUGUGUUAUUUUUGUAAUGAAUGAAAUUAGUCAAUCAAUUAAAUAAGUUUGUUUUA